AGGGAAAGGCUGCAGAGUCUCACUUAAUGCCCUUGUAAACGGUGCUCAGAGCAAUCCCUAAACCAGUUAAGUAAAAAGUGCCCGGGUGCCUUUAAGAGGAGAGUUAGGAAAUAAGAGGGGGCGUGGCCAUAGGAAAAGAAGUCUCCGGCUGAACCCAGUGGGUGGACUAAGAAAAACUGAUCCCUUCCGGUUACGUAAUCCCAGCAAGAUGGCGGCGCCCAGGGCGCCUCUGCACCUUGUGGCGCCACUAUGGAACACGGGUACCAGGGGCAUCCGAGGCCUGAGCAGGGUGGCGGCCCCAGAGGGCAAUCAGAAGAAGGGGAGGUCGCUGCUGCAGUUCCUGGCUGACCGCUUCUACGAUGUGCAGGCUCUCAGGGAGUACCUGCUCCGAAAGCAGGCGUGGAAGAUGCACCAGAAAAAUCGGCCCUUCACCUACAUCAAAGAGCGGUACGGUCCUUACGCCGCGGGUGCCUAUUUCAUCCUGAAGCUGGGAGGCGCUGUCAAGUUUCAGGGCAAGGAGUGGAUCCGGUCAAAUGCGCGUGGCCACUUCUCUCUUGACUUCUUGAAGCUCCAGACGGUGCCUGUAGAGGCGGUUGAUGCCAGCGGCUGUGCCAUCAACUACCAAGGCCUGGACAGCCUCUUGGCCCUAAAGGAGCUCCAGGUCCUCUGGCUGCAGCGCUGCCCCCACGUGGAUGACUGGUGUCUCAGCCGCCUCCACCCACUGGCCAACUCGUUGCAGGAGCUCUCGCUGGCCGGUUGUCCCAAAAUCUCUGAACGGGGCCUCGCCUGCCUCCACCACCUCCAGAACUUACGUAAGCUGGACAUCUCAGACCUCCCUGCCGUGUCCAACCCAGGCCUCACGCAGAUCCUGGUGGAGGAGAUGCUGCCUGACUGCAAGGUGGUGGGGGCUGACUGGGCCCAGGGCCUCAAGUUGGGGCAGGAGGAGCAGUAACAGGACAUAGCCAGCCCCAUCCCUGCCUAGCCCUCAGCUCCUCCCCAUCAGGCUGGACGGCAGCGGGCCCAUGGAGGAGCUGACAGUUCUGUUACUGUGGCUUCCGGCCAGGUUCACUCCUCUGGGGUUUAGGGUGGCGCCUGGUCAGAGGGGAGAGCGGGAGGCUGGGGUACUAACUCCCCACCUCGGGGGCUCUGGCUGGCUGCACCCUUGGCUGAAGGUCAUAUCACCUGUCAUCCUGUCAGGCAGCUCUUCCUACGUGCUUCUCUCCUGGGCUCCCGCAGCUGCCUCCUGCCUCUCAGGCCUGGGGGAGCUGCACUCCCCCCUGUCCACUACCAUGUCAAGAAACCUUCCUCUCUUGUCCAGAGACUCUUCUCAGAGUAUCCUUAUUUGAAUGGAGCACCUGGGUGGCUCAGUUGGUUAAGCACCUGCCUCUUGGCUCAGGUCAGGAUCCCGGGAUUGAACCCUGCAUCCGGCUCCCUGCUCAGCAUGCAGCCUGCUUCUGCUUCUCCCUCUGCUGCUCCCCCUGCUUCUGUGUGCACACUCUCUCUCAAAUAAAAUCUUUUUUUUAAAAGUAUCCUGGGAUGCCUGGGUGACUCAGUAGUUAUGCAUCUGCCUUUGGCUCAUGUCUGGAUCCCAGGGUCCUGAGAACGAGUCCCACAUCAGGCUCCCUGCUCAGUGAGGAGCAUGCUUCCUCUGCCUAUGUCUCUGUCUCUGUGUCUUUCAUGAAUAAAUAAAAUCUUUUUUAAAAUAAAAAAAUAAAGUAUCCUUCGUGAACGUGC